GCGGCAGGGAAAGGGGCUUUCGCCCGCGGCCCCUGCGGAUCCCGCCCGCCCUCUGCCACUCAGGCCCAUGGCCGCUGCCUUCGUGCUCCUGGCGGGGGUCCUGCUCCCCUGCUGGGGCGGGCUUGCGCGGGAUAAAAAGAUAACCGGGGACAAGUGCUCCCACUACGCUGAGUGCUACACUGGCUGCUGCCUCAUGGACUUGGAGGCUGGUGGAGCCUUCUGUGCCCCCAGGGCCAGAAAAACUAUGGUCUGUUUGCCCCAGACCAAGGGAGCCACCAACAUCAUCUGCCCCUGCCUACUGGGCUUGAAUUGCGUAUCCAAGGACCUGAUGUGUCCCCGUCGGUGCCAUAUGUUAUAGAGGAGGACACAGACUGGUCACGGCUGCCCCUUCCUCCCUCCCUUGGGGCAGAGGCCCUGGGCGCCCCCCAGCUUGCUCCUGUGACAUUAAAAUCACUUCCUGGC